AUAUAUGCAGAUGUUGUUUCGCAAGAUAAUCGCGACGAUCGCGACGACGAGCAGCUCGAAAGGAUCGUUGGAAUUUACUAACGAAGUACCAAAUUCAGUUAUGAUAAUUGAAUUAAUAUUUUCACUGUUUGAGUUGAAACUAAAAGCUGUCAGCUGGUAGUGUUUAGCUGUCUUAGACUGAAUUCAAUGAAUGGUCGCACAACAGUUCGCCUUAUUAUAUAUCGUGAUGAUGACAGGAAUGAUCGCCGCGGAAACCGCUACAUGAAUCUCUGGUGUGCGACACGCUCGACCUGAGCGGCCAGGGGCUCAAGAAGCUCAGCCGGUGUCCUUCAGAUGCUGAUAUUAACACGUUGAUCAUAGACGACAAUGAGUUGCAACGGCUUGAUAAUCUGGAUUCCUAUCACAAAAUUACAAAGCUUUCGAUAAUCAGAAACCAACUCCUACGGAUGUAUGGCGUGUCAAAGUUGCAUAAUCUCGUUACCCUCAAUUUGGCAAACAAUGGUAUACUCACGAUAGAAGGUAUCAAGGACAUGAUCAAUUUGCAGACUCUCUGUUUAGCUGGUAACAAUAUCAAGUCUAUUGAACAUCUACACACAAAUACCAAAUUGGAACACCUAGAUUUGUCUGAAAAUAGUAUCAGCCAUAUCUCAGAUAUAUCUUAUCUGAGAAAUUUAAAGGAACUUUUUUUGCAUAACAAUCGCAUAAUAACACUGCGCCAGUGUGAGCGUUAUCUACCUACAUCCUUGGAAACGUUAACAUUAGCAAAUAACAAUAUUACUGAUUUGAAUGAAAUGUCACACCUAGCUAAUCUGAAAAAUGUAGUGAAUUUCUCGAUUGCUAACAAUCCAUGUGUCACUAUGACAGGUAACAGUAUUGGAUUUGACUAUCGGCCUUUUGUUAUUAAUUGGUGUAUGAGCUUAAAGUCAAUCGAUGGUUAUGCGGUCGAUCCUCUUGAAAGCUUGAAAGCAGAGUGGCUAUAUUCUCAGGGACGAGGUAGACAAUUCCGCGUUGGUGAGCAUGCCUUACUCGCUCAAUAUCUUGCGUCCGUCUGCCCGCUCUCAGGCGAGUCCCUAGAGAACGAGACGGACCGGAAACUUAGACUUAUAUUGAGCAAAGCUCAACAUCACCAACAACAAUUGAAUCAGCAGAGCGAUACUGGAAGCUUGAGUAGCGUCACAAUGAGUCCUUCCCCAGCCGCUAGACGUAGACUUAGCCAUAACAGGACAAAUUCUCCCAGACGACCUAUGCCAAUGUUGACAUACUAUGAAGAUAAAUACUUACAAUCACAGAAAUUUUAUGAAGCAAAAUACUGUGUCUGCCAUAUUCCUUGCAAAGCUUCUUCAAGAAAUUCCAUGAAAAUGAAAUCACCAGAUCGAAUGGUAUCUAGCUGUCAUACUGAUGCUAUGGUUUCUUCAUGUCAUGGUUUAUUGAGCGGCGAUCACGAGACUCUGAUGACUCAAAGCUUAGAUCCUAAUAUGCUCUCUGGUACAUUAAGCAACAAGACGUCCAACAAUAGUUUACAGGACAUGGAGGAGACAGUUUCGAGUCCUCUGCAAGCAGCUACAAAAUUACUACCAGUACCAGAAUCUCUGAUGAGUCCAGAUUUCCGUCCACCGUCUGGUCUUUCGCGGAUUUUACUGAAAACGCCCACGUCAAGUAAAUUAAGCUCUCCCUGUCAAAUCACAAUACCUAGUAAGCCAUCCAUGGACGGCGACGGAAAGACGAUUCCAAUCAUAAACACUGCAAAUCCAAUGAUAAAAACAAAUCUAAGUGGUGUAAAAGCGAACGCGCUCGUAAAAAGUAGCUCCGCGACAAAUUGCAGUGUCAUGAAACCGGCUAUAGCGAAACCGAUCAUGCCACAUGCUAACAGUAAGAGUCCGCACAGUGUGAAGAUUAACAAUUACGUUCAGAGCAGGACCUUGCCCGUGAAAAAAAGCACGAAAAGUCCCAAUUUAGCUAGGAACAUACAGCGACCAAAAAGUGCAAGUGAAAAACUCAAGAGCAAUUUGAAUAAGGAUGAGAAAGAUGGUGACGCUGGAAUUCAGAGCAGUGACGAAGACAGUGAGGUGUGUCAAGCGAAAUUGGAUAGCAUUCGAAAUAGAGCUAUUCAGAGAAGACAAGAAGAUAGUAACAAAGAUCAAGAUCAAACGGAGAAGGCUGCUAUUUGUAUUCAAAGAAUAUGGCGAGGCUAUCAUACGAGGAAUCUUAAUAGAAAAGCCACUAGUAUAUUAAAAACGAUCGACAUGAUGAGAACGAAUAAAUACAUUCAAAAACUGUCGACAGACAUGGAAGCCACGAGAACCGCUCUCGAAAGUGAACAUAAAUUACAGUUAUUGCAGAUGCAGGCAAUCAAUGCACUGUGGAAAAAAGUAGUCAGUCUGCAACCAGGCGGCAAUCGAGAAAACACCUUCAGCGAUACGGACAAUACUUUGCAGCCGAACGCGGAUGUAGUCAGUAAUCUUGCGCAAACGUGUAAUCUGCUCCAUACUCAGGUCCAACAGCUGCAAGAUUCGAUGACCGAGAUAAAGCGUUGCAUGUCAGGUAUGAAGCCGAAGCCUGCUCUCGUCGACAACGGCGUCGCCACUCAAACGGAGAUAUCUGCCGUGCAUACACCGGCGGGCGAGGAAAAUACAUUCCCUUAUGGACGUGCUAGUAGGCCGCAAAGUUUGCCGAUACAUCAAACGAUACACGAAGGAAACGAGAAUAAGAGUUUUGCAUCGAAUUUAGUGGACAGCGUACUGAAGAAGGUGUCACAAUCCACCGACACGACGGAUGACGAAGUCAAUACAGAUAUCUUGAAUUCAAAUGAAAAUCCCGAAAUGUUAAACUCGAACGAGAAUCCUGAAGUGUUUAAGCAUUGUGAGAUAAUUGAAUCUGAUUUAAAGCAGGCGGUUGAAAACGAGACAACGAAAGACUACAAAAAUAUGAUCGAGAAAGCGACAAUGGACAGCGACGUAUGCGAAGAAGCGUUGUGUAAGGAGUUGCACAAUUUGAUCGAAACAGAAAAUGGAGCGGAUGCUUAUAAGAACUGCAUAAAUAGCGCGGUUAACGGAGACGACAAGGAAAUCUGCUAGAUUUGACUUUGACGAAACAAAUUUCUACACCAUAUGCCUUGUGAGUAACGCAGUCGUAAUAAGACAGUACGUAUAAAGUGAAAAAAAACAAAUGUUUUUAAAAAAAUGCUCAUUGUAAAUAAUAAAAGAUAAUUUUACUCGUAACGAUGUUAUAAAACAGAAUUAAAUUUUUAUUGUUUUAUUAUAAAAAAGAGAUACUUUGAUCACGAACAAUAAGCUGCCAUUAGUGGAGUUUCAUGUUCGAGGACCAUGCCUUGGUCUAUUACUAUUAUUAUUAUUAUUAUUAUUAUUAUUAUUAUUAUUAUUAGUAUUAUUAUUAUUAUGUAAAAGAGUUAGAAAAUUGGUAGAGUCAUACUUUGUUGAUGUUAAAUAUAUAUUUGGUAAAUGUUUUAAUCAAAAACAAUUAAUUCUUCCUAAAAUAUUAAAUAUAAAUUUCCUGGGAUAAUGUAAAAUUAUUCUAUUGAGAUAAGAGAGUUAUAUAGGUAAAAUAAGUGAAAUGUUUAUGGAAAAAAUUUUCUACAAUCUUUGAAAUAAAAUAUCUGCUUGUAUUGUAUCUGAUUGUAUGUACUUCCAUCAAUAAUCAGAUGGAAAAUUUUUGAAAUCUUAUGUACACAAUACACAAAUAUAAUGCAAAUGUUUCACAAAAUGUACUUUAUAAUCCAAUCAAAAGUUGUAAAAGCUCUGACAACCAUGUUAUUUAGUCACUGACAUAAUUUCGUCACUGUUACUUAUAUUCCACUGUUAUCAAUUUAUUUAACUUAAACUACAUAUAUAACCAAUUUUCUAGCUCUCGUAUAAAAUUUUUUCUGUAUUUAUUUAUCCAUCUGUGCAAAGAAGCUUUACUUUUAAUAGUAUAUUGAAGUAUUGAGAAAGAGCUAGCAUAAAUUUGAUUGAAUCUAGUCAAUAUAGAGUAGAUUUUACAUUUAGGUAUAUUGUAGAUAUUCCAGAAUUGUUAUAGAAAUACUACUCAAUGUGCGUUACGGAAAAAUAUUGCAAGACUUAUUUGAUCCUAUUACGUAUCAAACAGCACGAUUGAAAUUAUGAAAAUGUAACUAUAAACUUGGUUUUACGUGAUUAUUGACAUUUAUAAGCGAUAAGUAAUUGUUGAUUAAAUAAAUUAAUAUUCUGCGAAUAUUAUUACUACGCGAGCUUAAUAAAUUAAAAUUGUAUAUCA